CCCGAACAUGCAUCCAUAAUGUCUUAAACUGCAGUCUACGCAGACACCAUACGUCACUGAUUAUAUCACGUAUAAAGCGCGGAAUUAUGGUCUCGUUUCGCCAGAAGUUCCAUCUCCCGAAACCACCAACGACUCUCAACGACUUCACUUCAUGCCUGCCUCCAUAAUCGUCAACCUUAACACUGGCGCUACUAUGCCAACUGUCGGGCUCGGCACCUGGAAGGCAGAGCCGAACAAGGCAGAGCACGCCGUCGAGUUCGCCAUCAAGAACGGCUAUAGGCACAUCGACACCGCGGCCCAGUAUGGCAACGAGGCCGACGUUGGCAAGGGAAUCAAGAACUCCGGCGUCCCUCGCGAACAGAUCUUCCUCACCACCAAGCUCGACAACCCCGACCAUGGCAAUGAAGUUGAGGCUCUCGAGACGUCCUUGAAGAAGCUCGAUACGCCUUACAUCGAUCUCUGGCUCAUGCACUGGCCCGCCCCAUUGAAGGACGGCAAAGUAGACGAAAGUCGUGAUUGGUUGGAUACAUGGAAGGCGAUGGAGGACAUCUUCCUCGCUCAUCCCGAGAGGGUUAAGGCUAUCGGCGUGUCCAACUUUUCUGUGAAAUACCUCGAGCGACUGCUUCCCGUUGCGCGCAUCGUCCCUGCAGUGAACCAGAUUGAGAUUCACCCUUCGUGCCCACAGGCUGACAUUGUCGGUUUCUGUCAAGCCAGGGGCAUAAUCCUCACUGCAUACUCACCGCAGGGAUCGGACGACUCUCCCCUGCGCGAGAACGACGUCGUCAAGAGGAUCUCCCACAAUCACUACGUCCAACCCGCGAACAUCCUCAUUUCAUUCGCUGCUAAUAUUUCCGGAACGGCAGUCAUUCCCAAAUCCGUGCAUGAGUCGCGUAUCGUUAACAACCUCAAGACUGUUGACCUCUCAGGGGCUGAGAUCCAGGCACUGUUUGAGAUCCACAAGACAGGCAGCUUCCGCGUCGCCAAUCCUGUCAAGAUGGGGUGGGGCAGCCUUGGCUUUCCCGACCUUGAGUAAUCUCUCAGAAUAUCCAUGGGUAGCUGUCCCGUGCUGUAAAUGCACUGCACUGUAAUAUCAAUAUCCUCAUC